GGUUCGAUUGCAGGUCGUCUCGCCCAUGUCAGACACCUUCUUCAGCUCCAACUCCGACCAGAUCAAGCAAGCGCUGGCGGAGGGACUCAGACUCAACGUCGCCGAUGUCAACAGCCCGACGGUCAUCGGAUACGUGCAACGACGGUCCAACCAAUCUCUCUCUUUCUCGGCAGACUUGAAGGUGGACAACCCCUUGGGCUUUGUCGAGUCAGUACAAGCCAACGCAUCUCAGACGUUGACGAGAUUGAACGUGGCUUUCUCGCAGAGGAGCAUCCCCGACGCUACAUCUUUCAGCAUAUCAUUGAUACCGCCGCCUGCUCUGUCCUCGGGCGCGAUCGCGGGGAUCGCCAUCGGGUCAGUGGGAGCAGGGCUGGUGCUGGUGGCUAUCGGCUGGAUGGUCUACAAGGAGAGGAAGAGAAGGAAUGUGGAGAAGCGAUACGCUAUCUCUGAGCCGCCUGCACAACAAGCAGCUCCGCUUCCUGUUCAAGAGUCUCCAGUAAGUGCAGAUGGCUUCAGCGUAAGCAGUCAGUUCGUUGUAGAACCGACCUUUCAAAAUCAAGGUUUUCACUACUACAGAUGGAGCUGAGGCCCUGACAUGUCUUGAAUUUUGAAAAACACAACAAAAUCUAAUAAUCUUCUGUAACUACAAUGAUGAACUGUGAUUUGAAA